CCUCACCCUGUGGCGCAUGCCCUACUGGAGCCACCUGCAAGACCGUGCCUGCGACAAAAAACAGCUCGCUGCUGGUGCCUUACUGCGCGUGCCCUGAGGGCUUUGGGAUGACCGCCAGCGAAUGUCUUGAGGGUGAAGCAUCCACUGUCACCUCCUUCAGCUAUACAUUCAUCUCAAAUCCAACGGCCAAGGACGUAACUUCUAAGCCCUACACCUUCCGCCUCAACGCGACUGGCUGCACUCCCUUCCCAGAGGCAGUGGUUGGGAAGACCAGGGGAAUUUACUUUGUCCGCAACAUUGGCGAUGCUCUGAGCUGCCUCAACUCGAAAACCUUCUACGAAAAUAACUGUCAAGGCUCUUUUAUGUUGGGGAGCGAUCGAACCUUUCCGGGUUUUUUUGCAGGAUAUACCAGUCUCCCGGAGAAGCUGGCAUUCGGUCCGCGCUCAUUGCAAUGCAAUGCAGGACAUCAUGGAGAGAAAGCAAGUGCGGCAGGAGAUGCGGGGAGUGUGAGCAUAAGUAGCGGUGUAAAGGAGGGAGAGGCGGAGGGAAGUGGUGGUGGUGCCACAGAAGGAAAAGGAGAAACCCACAGUGCUGUGGCUGGUAAGGAGGCUUCUUGUAAGGAGGAUGCCGUCACAGCGGAUGGGAAGGCUGGAGGUGGAGAGAAAGAGGGCCCGAAGGCGGCUGAAGAGAAAAAGUUGCAAGAUGGUGAGGAGGGUGGGGGAAAGAAGGCAUCUGUGGAAGGAGGUGGUGAGGGUGGCGCGAAGGUGGCAAGUGGAGUGGAGGGAGAAACGAAGGUUGAGGUUAAGGGUAAGGGUGCAAAAUCGAAAGCGGAGGAAGAAGAGGAGGAAGAGGAGGAGGAAGAGGAGGAGGAGGAAGAGGAAGAGGAGGAAGAGGAGGAAGAGGAAGAGGAGGAAGAGGAGGAAGAGGAAGAGGAGGAGGAGGAGGAGGAAGAGGAGGAGGAGGAAGAGGAGGAAGAGGAGGAGGAGGAAGAGGAAGAAUACGAGGAGGUGGAGACAGAUGAGGAGGUGGAGGAGGAGGAAGAAGAGGAGGAGGAGGAAGAGGAAGAGGAGGAGGAAGAAGAGGAGGAAGAGGAAGAUGAAGAGGAGGAGGAGGAGGAGGAAGAGGAGGAGGAAGAAGAGGAGGAAGAGCAGAAAAAACAAAGGAAGCAGGAAAAACAGGGGAUGGGAAGAAGGAGAGAGAGGAAAACAACAAAACCACAGCUUCAGCUGCAAAAGAUAGCCCCUCUGUGGAUAAAACAGGAGACAACGAGCAUUUUGUCUCCUGCUGCCACGGCCGCUGCUGUGGAGGCGCAGAGAGAAGCAGCAGAAGCGGCUGCUGCUCUUGAAGCCGUGGCGAAUAAGACACUCAAAGCUGCGAGGGAGGCACAGGGAGAGGCGGGAGGGGUGAAGGGAGCGGGGGCGGAGGCACAGAGAGAAGCAGCAGAGGCAGCUGCUGCUCUUGAAGCCGUGGCGAAUCAGACACUCCUAGCUGCGAGGGAGGCUCAGGGGGGCGGGGGAGGGAUGGAGGGAGCGGAGGUGGACGCACAGAGGGAGGCAGGAGGUGGAGGAGAGGAAGGGGGAGUAACACAAGGCGAGAGCAACGAGGGGAGGCAGCAAAAGGAUGCAGAGGGGGAUGGGAGAGAGGCGGAUAGGGGUGGGAGCGAGGCAAAAGGGGGUGGGAGAGAGGCAGAGGUAGGUGGGAGAGAGAUGGAGGGGGGUGUGGGAGAUGCAAAGGGUGGCGAGGGGGAAGCGGAGGGAAGGGGGAAUGCGAUGCGGCAGGCGUUCAACACAGCAGGGUUCCCAAUGCUGGGGAGAGUGCCGUGGGGGCGAGAGCUGCACUCUCUGGUGAUGGGCGGCGUUCCCAUGAACCUGCGAGGCGAGGUGUGGCAGAUAUUCGUGGGCACCAAGGCGAGAAGGCGAGCAGGACUAUAUGACGCGCUGCUGGAGGAGGCACACCGGGAGGACGACCUCUGCCCCAACAGCACCCUCGCUGACAUCUACGCUCGCAUCCGGGCUAAAGAUGUACACAACUCGUGGGCCGUGCAGAUCGAAAAGGACCUGCCUCGCACCUUCCCUGGGCACCCAGCUCUGGACUCCAUCGGGAGAGACUCGCUGCGCCGGCUGCUGACGGCGUAUGCGCGCAAGAACAAGGACGUGGGGUACUGCCAGGGCAUGAACUUUCUCGGUGGGCUGCUGCUGCUUCUCAUGCCAGAGGAAAACGCCUUCUGGACUCUGACAGGGAUCGUGGAUGACUACUUGAGGGGUUACUACUCCCACAACAUGAUCGAAGCUCAGGUGGACCAGCUCGUGUUUGAAGACCUCGUGAGGCAGAACUUCCCUCGACUCGCAACGCACUUUGAGAACAUGGGCGUGCAGCUGUCAUGGAUCACAGGCCCCUGGUUCCUCUCGCUCUUCAUCAACGUGUUUCCCUGGGAGAGCGUGCUCCGUGUGUGGGAUGUGAUGCUGUUUGAGGGCAGUCGCUGCAUGCUCUUCCGGGCAUGCCUCGCGCUUCUCGAGCAGCACUCUUUCCUAUUGAUGGAGAUCACUGAGACGGGCGAGAUCAUGUCAACCCUUCAGAACACGGCAGCAUCCGCCUUCGAUGCGAGCCAGCUGGUGCUGAACGCGUGUGUGGGGUACAUGGCUGUGGACGAGGCGUUAUUGGAGACUCUGAGGCAGAAGCACCGGCCGGCAAUCAUGCGGCGGCUGGAGGAGCGACAAGUCGCGUUGCAGCGGUACCAGAGCGGCAAGUCAGAGCGGCUUAAGGCGGAGGCUGCAGCCAUCUUUGAGAGCAUGUCCCUCCACCCCUCUGCUGACGGCCGCCCCCUCACCACCAACUCCCUUGACGACUCCAUUCUCCCCUCCCCUUCUGCUGCCGCAACAUCUGGUUCGGGUUCGCUGCUGGAUCCGCCGUCGCUGCUCCUGCCACCCUCUACUGACAGCCUCGCUACUAACAGUUCUCUCACUAACAGCAAGAGCAGUAACGGUAGGAAUAGUCAAUUGCCGCCUCUGCCCACCCAGGGGCGUCAGAAGGGGGUUGUUCAGGAGGGCUCCCAGGCAGUUCCAACGGCCAAUCAGCACCCGCCACCUGUCCAAUUCAAGCCUGGAGCAAGGCUGUUUCCCCUCCCUCCCAGCCCUCCACUUGCCCGAUCCUCCUCCCUGUCAAGGCUCCACGUGUCAGCUCUCCAUAGGCCCGUUUGGCACCGCUUUGGCAUGCACUUAGGGUGCAGCCCUGCCGCUAGAAACAUGGUGGCGCUUUUAGCUAAGCAAAUGGAGGAGGAGCGGUCGCAGCCCCGGGCAGCGCCGAAGCUGUCGCUGCCGAACCGAGUGGCUCGGGCCGUGGCUGUGCUGCUGGAAGCAGCAGGCGAGGAUGGUGGGAGAGAGAAAAGGGAUGGGAUUGUGAAUGGUGGCCUGGAUAUGCCAAUAGAUGGUUCCUCCUGGCCUGAUGUGAGAUGGCCGGUAACCAGCACUGUCUCAUCACUCUCUUCUGCAAGCAUGCUAGCAGGCGGGCUAGCAGCAGGAGCAGCAGGUUCGGUCUCUUUCUCCGUCUCCUCUCUCUCCUCCGCUUCCCUCCCACCGUGGCCUGACCACCGCCGCUCGUCCUCGUCUCACGACCUCGCUGCUCUCAAUCGCAGCCCCGCCUCUCCUCCCAUCCCUUUCCCUGCCAACGGUGCUACCGGUGCCUCUGCUGCUGCUGGUGCUACUGGCAGUGACGGUGGUGCUGGUGGCGAGGAUUGCUCCAGAGAGGGAGCGGGUGCAGCAGCGGCUGUGGAACCAGGAGUGGCAGGGGGGGAAGCGGGAGCAGAGGGAGCAGGGGGAGCAGGGGGAGCAGCAGCAGCCGUACCAUCAGCCAGUGCUGCAUGGCGCUGGUCCGCAUGGGGGCAGGCAGGGUCUCUGUUCGGUGGAGGAGGAGGGGCAACACCUGCUGCUACUGCUGAUGCAGCUGCAGGGGCAGAUGGGCUGGCGGGGGAAGGGGAGGAGCAGGUUGAGGAUGGUGCAGAGCGGUUGAAGAGGGAUAUGACGGCGAUGCUGGAUCUGCAAGCGCAGGUGGCGUGGCUCAAGGAGCAGCUGGUGUUCACUCUGGAGAGCCAUCAAGAGUCACAGGAGCGGGUGGAGGCUCUUCAGACAGCCAUGGUGGAGAUGGCACAGAGAGACACACAUAUGCAACUCACAGUGAAGGUAGAGCAACUGACCAACGAGGUGGAGGUGCUUCGGAGGGAGCUAUCACAGCAGCAGCAGCGGGCCGCGGUGGUGCUCGAGCAAGCUGUCAUGGACAAGCAGAUUGAGAUGCAGAGGGAACUGAACGCACUCCUGAGAGCAUUGGCAUCGAAGGAGGAGAAGAUGCGGCGGGAUGUGGAGGGGCUGCACGAUAGGGUGGAGGACAAGGAGAUGGAGAUCGAGCGACUCAAGCGGGUGAUUGGUCGUCUGGAGGGGGAGAAGAGGGAGCAGGAGGAGUUGAUAGCAGUGGGCAGGCAGCAGGUGGACACUCACAAGCGCGUCAUUGAGAUGCUCGUGGAGAAGGGACAGACCAUGCAGCAGCAGAUGGUGGCCAUGGAAAAGAGAGCACUCACUGCAGAGGGCAUGGCGCGAGCUUUUCUGGAGAUAUCAGGGGCAGAGAAGGGCUACACCACCUUUGGCUCGGCUGUGGGGCUCGAGUCCUCCUACCUGCCCUCCACUGCUGACCUUGACACACUCACCCACUCGCCUCUGCCCUCGCCGUCCUCGUUAGUAGCAUCCUCGCUAUCAUCACUGGCAUCGUCGUCAAGUACAGAGCAAUUGUCAUCAGCAGUCACUGUGGAGGGCAAGGCAAACGCGUUACAAGCAUCAUCGUCUGGAGAAGGGAGGGGUGGCAGCAGACCCGCUGUGCCGAACAGUACCGCUACACCUACUGUAUAA